UUCAUUCUUUGUAUUCUAUUCUACCAACCCCAAAGCAUUUUCUUUUCCCUUUUUCCUGUUUUCACAUUGAUACCUUCGCCAAUGCAAUUUCCUUUUGUCCUUAUUACAAUCUUUAUAUCCAGAAAAUGGUUCUUCCUUUACUCUUUCAUCUAAAAACCCUUUGAUUAUAUUCUCGAUCGAGAAACAAGCAGAAGAAAAAUGGAGAAUUCUUUAGGAACAGGUUUUAUGGCAGUUUUUGCAGUUUCUGGGAGCGUUGUAUUUAUUGCCAUGCAACUUCAUAAACGCCUUCUUUCUGAUUUCAUGAAGAAAAUUGAAUUCGAGAUCGGCACUGCAGCUGAAUAUGGAAAGGAUCAAGUGCGAAAGAAGAAAGUGAGAUUUUCCGAUGAAGUGGUGGAGCUAUCAUGGAAUGAUGAAGAACGAUCCAAGAAGCAUCUGUCGAAGCCGGCCCAGAAUGAGGAUGAAAAUCUGGAGGCGAUGCCGAGAAAUUGGCAAGUUUUGUACAAAGGGAUUUUGAAAAACAGGAACGUUAAGGGGUGCAAUUAACUUUUUUUAUUGUUUAUGGUGGUUGGCUGGUGGCGGAGUAGGUGGCCGGCGUCAGUGAACAUCCAUGUAUGUACAUGUUAACGACUUCAGUAUUUUUGUAAUUUAUUUUGUGUAGAAUUUGUUUGUUGAAGGGAAGUUGUAAAGAUUGUGAAAGUUGUUAAAAUUU